GAAGACUUCCUAGGUCUCUUCCAGAUUCUGUCCUGUCCUGUCCUAUCUUAUCCUAUCCUAUCCUCAAACUCUGAUCAUAUUGUAAAUAUACAAAUACAGAGAAAUCUCUCAGCCAUUUAUUGAAACUGAAAUGCAAUGAGAUGUUCCUUUUACCAGAAAUAAUGAGGAACUCCACCUCAAACCUUCAAAAUGGAUAAUGCUGGAGAAAUGGGAAACCUUGCAUUUUUAACUGACAGUCUUAAUUUUCGUACAGUAAUAUGUUAGCUCCAACUUCUGUUUACAGAAGAUACCGUCUAACAGACUCCCACUAGUUAAAGGUGCUUGGUGGUGCAAAGCAUAUUUUAAAAAAUAAUAUACUCAAACCAAUUCACAAUUGCAAAAAUAUUAAAAUACUCUCCCUGUACAGUUUAAAAUGACUUUAAAUUAAGCCAUAAACUGGCAACGUUUUCCACUGUUUACUUAACAUUAUCUCUUUGAUCUUAUGCCCAAGGCUUUCCUGGUGCAGGAUCAUACUGAGAAACUAAUCCUCCCUAUGUCAUAUGAUGACACGGCACAACUGCGAAACCAAUUGCAUUACGAAACUAAUUGUUUUAUAGCCUGUGUAUUGAACUUUCUUCCAGUUGACAGAGCUAAAGUAUUUUCGUGUCCGCAUCGGAUUGUUUCUCUCAUUCUAGCUUCGCUUGAAAGAGGAGGCGCCACUUUCUAGAAGCCGAGGUGCAAACGCUUUAGGCCCGCAAGGAUGGCAGCCACCGUCGCAACUCCUGAACAAUCUGUCUCUGUUUUUCAGGAAUUCCGGGCUAUGUUUUACGUUCUUGGUCCCAACGAGAGCUCCUUCAGCAGCGUCGAGGAAGUUCCCGAUUACGUGGACAAGGCAACUCCCUUGUUUGUUACCCUGAUUUUGCUGGAGUUCAUAAUUAAGUGGGCCCAGAAGAGACAUGUCUCAUUCAUCCACAGUGAUGAUAUAACAUCUUUGUCUGCAGGUAUCUUAUCAAGACUUCCAGAUGUUAUUUCUAGAAGUGUUGAAAUGUCAACAUAUAUGUAUGUGUGGAACAACUAUAGAAUGAUGCAACUACCGUGGACAUCAUCAUGGACAUGGUAUUUGACCUUCAUUGGAGUAGAUUUUGGAUACUAUUGGUUUCAUCGCAUGGCCCAUGAGAUUAAUUUUUUAUGGGCUGGACAUCAAGUACAUCAUAGUUCUGAACAUUAUAACUUAUUCACAGCAUUAAGGCAAUCUGUUUUGCAAAAAUUUGCAUCAUGGGUAUUUUACCUUCCAAUGGCUUUUUGCAUUCCACCUUCAGUAUUCGCUGUUCAUCUGCAGUUUAAUCUCCUUUAUCAGUUCUGGAUACAUACAGAGAUUAUUGAAAAUCUUGGCCCGUUGGAGUAUAUUCUCAAUACUCCUAGUCAUCACAGAGUUCAUCAUGGCAGAAAUCCAUAUUGUAUCGAUAAAAACUAUGGUGGCACAUUAAUUAUUUGGGACAGAAUUUUUGGUACCUUUGCUGCAGAAAAAGAUAAAGUUAUAUAUGGUCUAACACACUCCAUAAAUACUUUCGAACCUUUGAAAGUUCAGUUUCAUCAUUGUGUUUAUAUGUGGAACAUAUUUUGGAGCACACCUGGAUUUUUCAAUAAGCUUUCAGUUAUAUUCAAGGGACCAGGAUGGGCACCAGGCAAGCCAAGACUUGGCCUUAUUGAGGAAAUUCCCGAAGUCACUGGGAAGGAAGUUCCUUUCAACUGCAAAUUGCAAAGCUACAUGUAUAUCUAUGUAGUAAUGCAUUUUGCCUUAAUGGUGGUAUUUUAUGUUGACUUAACUACCUCCAAAUAUACGUUAUCACAGGUAACUCUUCUCCUGAGACUUGGCUACAUUAUCCUGACAUUGACCUCCAUUGGUUUCCUUAUGGACCAAAGACCUGAAGCUGCUUUCUUGGAAUCUGCACGUUGCUCUGUUUUCCUUGCUCUACAGAAACUUGGUUAUUUGGAAGUACGUUCUGCACUUUUAUCAACUACGUUUGAGGUAAGAAAAGUUGUUUUAUUAUAGAAUUACAUACAUUGA